ACACAGAUGAGGAACUCCAUGUGUUGGAUGCUGAGCGGGCGAGAAGAGAGGCUGAAUCCUCCGCUCCCGUUUUGCUGCCCAGAAUGGGAUUCGGUGCUACCAUCGUUGGGGAGAUAUAUCAUCAGGAGGAAAAGCGCCGCAGAGAGUGCAUCACAAGGAGUGAAAAUUUUGCAGCAAUCACUAAUCCUGGCGUGAUUGAAACUUUUUUUCAUGGUCCUAAGAUGAACUGGAAAAAAAGGCCCCAGGCCUGCAGGAGCUGAUGGACAGCUUUCAGUCGGACUGUUGUCCUCUCCAUUUGGCGCCUGAGUGGCUCUCCUCAGCAUGCAGCCAACACCAGGACUGUGUUCCUCUUCCUCAGCCAGGGGGGAUUCAGCCACUCCAGUCCAGCCACGACUGUAGUCCAUAACCCUGAGGCUAACUAAGGGAGGUGUACAGUCCCCAGUGGUACCUGAAGCAGACGCCAGAGCCUCUCCUAAGUGCUCUGCAGGGUCAUAGCCUUUUUCUUUUUCUUUUUCAUGCCUGUGGUGAGCCAAACCUGGGUCAGGACUCGGGAGACCAAAGGAGAGAAAGUGAUGGAGAUGGGUCCACCUGGAGCCUUUUGGGUGCUGCAGCUGCUGUUUACUGUCUGCUCAUGUAAGGGUUUGUACCCAGGCUCAGAGGAGGGCUGGCAGGUGUACAGCACGGCCUCAGAUCCUGACGGCAGGUGUGUUUGCACGGUGGUCGCUCCGGCACGAAACCUCUGCAAACGAGACCCUCGGAGUCGACAACUACGCCUGCUGACUGAACAGGUUCAGAAUGUGAGUCAGUCUAUGGAGGUGGUAGACCUGCGAACAUCCAGAGACCUGCAGUAUGUCCGAGACUCUGAGCCGCUGCUGAGAGGAGUGGACGGACGUUUACACACUUACGUCGCCAACCCCCGCACUCUGACGGCUAAGGGCCUGCAGGAGCUAAAGGGCCAGAUGUCUCAGCUACGACCCCUACUGUCAGUGGUGGAGCAGUACAGAUUGGACCUUCAGACACUGGCCACCCUGCGAAUGGAGCUCCUCAACCUGUCAGUCAUCCUGACAUCCAUUCAGGAAGAGAUCGGAGCGUACGACUAUGAGGAGCUUCAGCAGAGGGUUUUACUGCUGGAGACCAGGCUUCACAGCUGCAUGAACAAACUUGGUUGUGGUCGUCUGACUGCAGUUAGUAGCCCAAUCACCGUGAGAGCCUCGGGGUCCCGCUUUGGCUCCUGGAUGACUGAUGCCAUGAUUCCCAGCUCUGACAGCAGGGUGUGGUCCAUGGACGGCUACUACAAGGGCAGGCGUGUGUUGGAGUACAGAACCAUGGGGGAUUUCACAAAGGGGCAGAACUUUGUGCAGCAUCUGUUGCCCCACCCCUGGGCAGGAACCGGCCACGUGGUGUACAACGGGUCACUCUACUACAACAAACACCAGAGCAACAUCCUGGUUCAGUACCAUUUCCGCUCUCGCAGUGUGUUGCUCCAGCGCAGCCUGAGUGGAGCUGGCUACAACAACACCUUCCCCUACAGCUGGGGAGGAUCCUCUGACAUCGACCUCAUGGCGGAUGAGAUGGGCCUGUGGGCAGUAUACACCUCCAUCCCAAAUGCUGGAAACAUUAUGGUGAGUCGUCUGGACUCCCGCUCGCUGGAAGUCAUCCGCAGCUGGGACACGGGGUUUCCUAAGCGCAGCGCAGGGGAGGCCUUCAUGAUUUGCGGUACCCUGUAUGUCACCAACUCUCACCUGGCCGGGGCCAAGGUACACUUUGCCUACCACACCAACUCCUCAACGUACGAGUACACUGACAUCCCCUUCCAUAACCAGUACUCCCACAUCAGCAUGAUGGACUACAACCCCAGAGAGAGAGCGCUGUACACCUGGAACAACGGACACCAGGUGCUCUACAACGUCACACUGUUUCACGUCAUCAGGAGUGACGGAUAGAUCAACACGCUGGAUAGGCUAAAAAAAAGAGAGGGAGUAUUUGGGUCGUUAAAGGGUACUGCAACUUACAACACACACAUACACAUGCACACACAAUGGCCAUCCACAUCAACGGGAAAAUGAGAACUGUCUGUGUUUGAAUUUGAAUGACUUCUAGACUACGAGAGCUCACAGAGCUAAUAACUAGACACAAAACACAGUUGUCGAACACAUGCCUAAAGGUCACAGACAAGAGUAUUCAUCAUGGAGAAGAAGAAUAUUAACUGCUUCUGCUACAGGGACGCUGUUAGAACGAAGUCAGACAGUUUGAGCUCAUCCAUAUUCUGUUGCGUUUUAUUCCACUUGUGUCUCAAGAAGUAAUUUUGGAAGUUGAGGUCGAUCGUUGAAAAAAAAAAAAAAUGCAGCUCGUGAAAUGAAUUUCAACUCUCUUCAAACUUCGAGCUCUGGUGAUGGACCUGACGGAGAUAUUCUGGGUUUGUGAUGUGAUCGUGGACGUGUUCAGUCAGCAUGGUUGUUCAUUCAAUAAACAUUACUGUCAAACUUUGCCAAGACUUUUGUC